GCCGCCACUUAUUAAAUUUAUGUAUUUACAGCAAAUCGGUGUAAACACGAGGUAUUAUGUUACUACCACGGGAGUGCUUCUUGGAAUGAAAGUUCUCGAAGAGCGCAUCGCAAUGGACCUCGUCGUUCUGAACAUCAUAAGCAUUCUGGCCUUGACGUUCUUUCCAACAAAAACGAAAGGUCAAGCAAAGACUAUUGACGCACUUGGUAAAGGCAUAGAGAGAAAUGCUCACACUGGUGUCGCUUUCGCCAGAUUUAAAGCGCACAAACUGUCCUACCUGAACAUAACAGCACUUGGAGCAGAUUAUGUCCACAGCAGUAGAGAUUGUGGACUUACCUGUAUCAACACACCCUCGUGCUUUUCCUUCAACCUGGCUGCCGUUGUUGAUAUGAACAGUAAAAUCCUAUGUGAACUGCUUCCCUCGGACAUCUACAACAACUCGGACAAACUGGUUGCCAAUCGUCUUUUUCAUCAUUUCAGCAUCUGGUCUCCGUGCUUAAACAGGCCUUGUCAAAACAAAGGCACCUGCCGUUCAAAUAACGAGAGCAACAGUUACGUGUGUGUUUGCACGGAAGGAUACACAGGAAGUAACUGCGAAGCAGAUAUUGAUGACUGCGCGAACCGUCCUUGCCGUAACAAUGGAACCUGCUAUGAUCAUAUUGGUGGCUUCAAGUGCGCAUGUCCGAAAGGUUUUGAUGGGCUCCAAUGUGAAAUAGUCCCUAAAGUGGAAGUCGUUCGCUCCUGUGACAAAUUACCUGUCUGGCAACUCCAUAAUGGGGAUGUUAUCAUCGAGUCGAAUCAGACUGGUACAAAGUACCAAAACAAUUUGAACUGCAGUUGGAUGGUGUCUUCAAAUACAAGAAUAGAACUUGUCUUUAUGAUUUUCGAAACGGAAUAUGUGCACGAUGUUGUGCAAUGUUUUGACGGUGAAUCAUCCUCUGCCCCUCUGAUUGGUGGAUUUAAUGGAUCAUCUCUUCCUUCCCCAGUAACAAGUUCGUCCAGCAAACUUUUCCUUCGGUUUACAACCGAUCAUUCAGUAACUAAAUCUGGAUUUCGCGCACGUUUCCGAG